CGACGCUCCGAGACGCGGUGAUUAUUCCCAUUGUAUGCCCGCUGCUCGAGGGGGGGUUUCUUCCACCACUGACUCUCGUUUCCUCUCUCGCUCUCUCGCCCUCGCGGCCUACUGCUGCUACCGCUACCGCUACUGCUGUUGGCUGCUGUUCUGCUGCUCACCGUUGUCUACGUCGUCGUCGACGCGUUUCAGAGCAGCGCGUUCUCGCGCGUUGCAGGCAUCCGCGAUAGUGUCGAAAACCGGGAAACGGAGCGUCGGUGUCGAUCGUAAAUUCGCUCUCGAUCCGCGACCAACAGUCGUUCUUAAUCUUCUUACUUGUUCUUCUACCGUUCCUCCUCGUCUUCCUCUGUUGGACUAGGGAAGAUCCGGGCGAAAGACACGCGGAUCAACCGGAUUUCCAGCCGUGCGUGCGUAUGUGCGCGCGCGCGCGCUCCCUCCGGAGCUACAUCGAUCUUCCUGUCUUCCUGCGAGUGAGAGAUAGAUCGGCUGUUACGUCGCGACGGAACCUCCGCCGUCACCAAGAACCAUGACGUAAAUGCGUGUUUGGGACCAGCCGGCGUUUACGAUCGUCCGAAGACUGGAGUACUCUGCGUACGCAAGAAUUCUUAUCGGUUAUACGUGGUCGACCAGUGAAACGAUUAUUCUCCGACUUCGCCGCAUCGAGUGCUGUUUGACAUCCGAUCUGUCGAUCCGCGGCACAGCCGACACAUGCUCGUCUCUGCAGCCUCGGAUCGUUGGUUCUCGUUCAAGUGCCGGUUCUGUGCGGGGGUGUAAAGUAUACGUAUAUAUUUUGUAAUUACGUGACAAGUGCCACGAAGACGUCGAAGGGUAGUCGAAGCUACCAGCGCGCGAGCAGGAUGAUAUGAGCACGCUUGGCAGACUGAGGAUGUCCUCAAAGAGGAAGUCACCACCAACGAAGCUAUCGGAGGGCGGGGGCGGUACGGGUACAGUGGCAGGCGCCAACGAGGAGGAGGAGGAUACGACCUCGUCGGUGACCGGUGGUCCCGGUGGCGAGGUAGCCGUCGGUGAAGAAGGUCCUACCACCCCCGUCGAUAUCGAGGAGUGUUACCCUCAUCAGAGGGGAGGUGACUGCGAGUCGUCCGGCUGUUCGUCGCCGGCGACUACCAGCGAGCCGGAUCUCCGAGAUUCGCCCUCGCCGUCGUCGAAUUCCCUACAAAGCAAACGACAAAGGAUCGUUUUGUCCAGCCAGGAGACUCUAGCCUCCUACCAUUAUCCUCACCACCAUCACCAUCACCAUCAUCAUCAUCACCAUCACCACACGAACACAUCAUCGUCGUCGGGUGGUGUCGUGGAACCGGCCAGCUCCUCGGAGUGUGGCUCGCCGCCAACCCCCUUAACCGUCGACCCCUAUUACCCGAGCCAUCCUCACCACAACAACAACAACAAUACCGUCACGCAGAACAAUAACAAUAACAACGGCGGUAACGCAACAACUGUUACCAGUAAGAGAUCAAUGGACGACGUUCUGAAGAGGUUAACCUGUAAAAUGAACAGCGAGUCGCUGUCGUUGCAGGACGAUACCAGUAAUAACAGGCGGAACAGUCCGCCACCCUCCUCUACGCCGACCGGACACAACGCGCACUGCGGAGGCGUCGCCAGCGUGGCGAACAGCGUGCCACCCUCACCCCCGGCCUCUGGCAGGAUGCAGAACACGGAAAGUCAGGUCCAGCAGGAUAGCGCGUCAGCGUUCCUCUUCACGGAAAGCUUCGCAGAGAAGGAGCGCAGGCUCUCCGAGAUGAUCCUACAGCUGCAGCUGCUCAGGGAACAAUUGCUGCAACAGCAAGAUCAGUCGAAGUCGUAUCCUGCGCACAUGACCGUCGACUCGCAGAAGCAAAUCGAGAUACAACGGAUGCAAACGGAGCACUUGAAGCGGCAGCAAGAGCACAUCAUGCAGCACAACAUCCAGGAGCUACAGGCUCAGAUGACAAAGAGCCAGCUGAGCAUGUCGGGACCGCAAUCCUUGAUGUUCCUACCGUUUCUCGAACAGCUCAGAGGGUUGCCGGUGCAAUCGCCUAUGCCGCCACCGCCGGCUACGUCGACGUCAACCACCACCAACAAACAUAUCAAUUCGAUCGCUAACAUGAUCAGCAGUCAUCGGGAAGGACCGAGCUGGGCGACGGCGCACCUCGCGCAAAUGACCACGCAGAUGGAGAAGGAAGCGUCGCCGACGCCGAUCUCGUCUGCCGUAGCACCAACCGCACCUCCUCUGCAGGAUCUCGACGCGCCUCUCAACCUCACCAAGCCGAAAUCCUCGUCGUCGGGGGCCACGGCAUCCUCCUCGUCACCUGGUAGCGACUCGCACUCGACAGGGGCCGGAAGUAGCGGUCAACAGGAGCAACCAGUCGCGGCGACCGCGCCGAAACUCUUUCCGCCUGGCCUACCGAUGCCACGGAAUUAUCUCACAACCCUUCCUUAUGCAGGUCUGCCACCUCAUCUGAGCACCCUCUCCUCGCCAAUGGGCAAGGUAAUGGCCAAAGACGAAGCGGCUGGACCAGGAGGUGCCGUGACUGCCGCCGCGGUUGCCGCCGUCGAAAAGCAUUUCGCUAUGCGUGGCAUUUACGGGAUACCACCGAGUGCUGGUGCAAUGCCUCCGUCGCCGCAGACUCAACGACCGAUCAAGCACUCCGGUUCCCGGGAGGAGGCUGCGCAGGAGGAACAGGAUUAUCUGUCCACGCCCCACAUGUGGCGGGAGCAGGGUUACAAGGUACCGGAAGACAUAACGGAAAAAGCUAAAAUGGUGAGACAGCAGAAGAGGGAGGGUGAGAACAAGCCACAUAUCAAGCGGCCUAUGAACGCGUUCAUGGUGUGGGCCAAGGACGAACGUAGGAAAAUUUUGAAAGCCUGCCCGGACAUGCAUAAUUCCAACAUAUCGAAAAUACUCGGUGCUCGAUGGAAAGCGAUGUCGAACUCCGAGAAACAACCAUACUACGAGGAACAAUCACGAUUGUCGAAGUUGCACAUGGAGAAACACCCCGACUACAGGUACAGGCCGCGACCAAAGCGCACCUGCAUCGUUGAUGGGAAGAAGAUGCGCAUAUCCGAGUAUAAGUCGCUGAUGCGGCAACGACGGCAGGAAAUGAGGCAGCUCUGGUGUCGUGACAGCGGGCCAGAGAUGAGCUUCCUGUCUCCGGUGGGCUCGGAUCUUAGCACGCAACAUCAUCCGGGAACGGGGGCGGCCGGACCAUCGGCAAGGCCUAGCGUGUCGCCACCGGCUACCAUGUUGAACGGCGGCGCGGCUGGUCCCAGUUCCGAUCAUCCAUCGUUCUACUAUACGCAAGACAGUUUAUCACCGUCGGAUAUGAUGAACUUCUCGCCGGAGAACUCGGGCUCGAUCGGUGGCUACGAUGCCAGUCCGCGACAUCACGACGAAGAUUGAACCGCAGCUCCGGGUCAGCCGCCAUGGCCGCCCGGAGCAUCAUCUUCAGCAGCAGCAGCAGCAGCGUCAACAUCGAGACUCGGCCACGAGUUGUUCUGGUAAAACUUCUGGUGGUUCGCGUGAAAGGAAUAUAUACGCAUGAACGCGUGUAUCGUCGCGUGAACAGAAACGUGAAAACGAUAUAUGUAGUCGAUUGUCGGGGGAUAGAAAAACGUUCUCGAAGAGUGACUGAGCGUUUCGAAGCCUCGCUCGAGAGGUUGUGAUAUAUAACGAUUCUGUGCCAUCGUACGACGCGUGGAGGCCCUCCCGCGGAUUCGAGCGGCGAUGUGUCCUGCUUCCUUGGAUCCGCCGUCGUCGCGUCAUCGUAUCGCCCAAUAUGUCGCGCGAUUCGUUAUGAGAUACGUUGCCGUGCACACGUGGCUGAAAGAUCGUGCGUAACUCGGGCAUAUGCAUCACGACUCGAAUCUUUGGAACAGAGUGUCAUGAUGUAGAGUCACGUGACCGAUAUCGGCCAACCAACCCUUUCUCGCUAUGCGCUACGUAUACAUGUACGUCGAACGAUUCACGGGACACCGGUGAACGUGAGCUCGACGUGGAUAACGGCAUCGUGCGGAGCUCUGAUGGUUUCCUGCUUGCUUAUGCUGUUACUAAAAGGAAUGGGGUGGGGAAAGCAGGCGCGACGGUUGAUCCAUGCCGACGGGACAACGAACACGACGGCGGCACGAGUGUUACCAAUGGUAUAUUCCGUUGGUGUAAUCAAAACCGCGACCAAGGUGGCGCAAAUCUGCGAACGAUAAGGUCUAAUCGUCGUUAGGUAACGUUCUAGGUAACGAGAUAUGCGCGUGAGUAGAAUUCUCGAUCAGGUAACGAACGUCGAUUCGCGUGUCAACGUAUGUCGGUAUCCAUCUCGCGGGUGUUUUCCGUACGCGGGAGCGCAGAGUAACAUGAACGCUAGAAUUAUACAUAAAAUAAAUGAGGUAAAUAAAUACAAAUAUAAAACGAUAUAUAUAUAUAUACACACACAUUUUAUAUAUAUAUAUACACACACACAUAUAUAUAUAUAUACACAUACCUGAUUUUUCGUAAGACUGCCAUGUGUCACGUGUGUGCGCGCGCGCCAGAAGGAUCGAUCCGAUGCACUCUCCCGCCGAUGCUCGAUCGAAUUCGUUUCUAUCGCGUUUCGUAUGAGCCGCGUUUCAACACACCGCGAGACGAUCGCGACACGUAUUUCUGUGUGUACGUGCGUGAGUGUGUGUACGAAAAUACGUUGAGCGGCCAAAAAAGUCUUGUUCCUAUUCCUUCUAGUGUGUGUGUGUGUCUGUCUGUCUGUCUGUCUGUGUGUGCGCGUGUGCGUGUGCGUGCGCGUCUAUAGCGAUACGCCAUUCCGGUCGGCCGUGUCAAUACGUGAGAAACGAAGAUAAAUAGAAACGACAGAAAUAAAAAUGAACAAAAGAUAAAAAUGUAACAAAUUGAACGUAAAAAAGAGAAGUAAAAAAGAAAGAGAAAAAAGAAAAAGCUGUGGUCCGUUAGUAUCCUGCAGCAUCACGCGUUUUCCGAGUAUACGCGGCAACACGCGUUAUUAGAUCGUAUAGUUAUCCCACGUUCACGGCGGACGGUCCUUUUUUUCAUAUUCACAUGCAAUCACUGAUAUCCGGUGUAUCGCACGAGGACCGGGACAGAGGACGAGAAGAAAAUGUGGAAUUCCACAUUCCGUCACGCGAUAUGAACCCGCUCGAGUCACAGGGGUGUGUGGCCACUUCGUUUCGCGUCUAAAAACACACUUAUAGUACUUAUAGUAUUUUUCGCGAUUAAUUUAUGGACCUAACGUUAAGCGGAGAUAGCGUUAAGCGGUGGCAAGAUGAAGAGAAUUUUUUUUUCUAAAUAAAAGAAAAAACCAAAAUCUAAAGAGAAAUAAUCGAAGUGUAUUAUUAGAAGGAAAGGAAGUGUGUAUGUAUAGGAAGAAUGAAUAGAGAGAAAGUGAGAGAGGGACACGCGCGGCGUCAAUUUUAGUACAAUGUUAUUGCGUAAAAUUACGGACGGGGAAAUUAGCGUUAUUUAUUGUAAACGAUGUAAACGAACGAAUAAUCAAAUUCUAAUACGACGUUGUGUGUUUUGUUUUUCGAUGUUUUCCGGACACACGUUGUUACAUUUUUUCUCCGUUUUUCAUUUCCUUCGAGUUGUGCGAAUUCGUGAAAGCACGAUCAACCUGAUGGGAGCCGAUCGAGAGAAUCUAGAGACCGUUGUUUACCGUGAUGUUAGUGGAUGUCAUAGAAAAAAAGAAGGAAGGAAAGGAGGAAAAAAACGAGCACCGUCUCGUAACGAGAAAAAACAAUAUAGAACUAUAGGGCGUAAAGUCUCGUAUGUAAUUCGGGAAAACGAAUUGUACCGAAACUGGAAAAAUCGGGAGCUCGAUGUGAUAAUAUUUAUGUGCCAAAUAGCGUUUUCGCGGACCGGAGGUUUGUGGCGAUAUGACGUCCCUUCCGGUUCCCGGGUCGGCAGAGUUGGCUCGACGUGAAAAACUCGAUAACUUCUACAUCUCUUUUUUCACCGUUUUUUCUUUUCUCUUUUUUUUUUUUUUUUGUUAUUUAUAAUCAGUGCAAUUCUAUACAAGGUACCUAAUAUAAUUUUAUAAAGAGAGCCAGUAUCCUCAAUAUAUCUGUGCCCGCGUUUCGUCGGGUGCUUUUCGAAUAUCGCGGCCGGCGGCAGAUAGGAUAGCUUAAUGUUGAUAAUAAUUUAUUUUAUGUAUAUACAUGGAUUUGUACAACUGCGUCGGCGGUGUGUUCGUCGAUCGAGAAAGAAAGCAGUGUGAACGGUAUUGAGAGGAUGAGAAAGAGAGAGAGAGAGAGAGGGAGAAAUCGACCGACGCAAAAAAAAGUGUCAAUACUAUUGAAUGUACAGUGUAACUAUAUUGUGAUGUAUCUUGCAUAGCGCCACAUAUAUGUAAUUUACUCGAGAACACGUAGAUUUAACGAAAUGUUAAAAAUGCGAUGCAUAUUCUUAUUUUCAUUUGGUCAU